AGAAAUGAGCAAGGUAUGGACUAAGGUUCAAAAUCUUGGAUGUAGGCGGGAGCCCACAUCUUCUCAUGGUAAGAGCAGGGAUCGGAGGUAGGUGCCAGAGGCGGUCAUGCACCACCAGGAGACUGCCACAGGACUGAAAGUUUUAAAACAUCUGGGCUGUCCUUAACUGCAACUCAGGCAAAAUCUUGCUGUGUCAGUCUGGGAAGUGACUGGGGAGUUAUAUAACGCAGGAGAGCACAGGCUUGCGGGUGGAAGUGGACCCUGGACAUACACUGGCCGGUGGGUUGUGCUGAAAAGGAGGAGGAGCACAGGUUGCGUCACUGGACAAUGCCACAUGCUUUGUGGACAGUGUGGGUCUUGGCAGCAGCAAUCAGCCUCUCCAAGGAAGGGGCCCUUGAUCAGGCCCAUUCUCUGUCUUGUGACCCCACUGGCGUCUGUGAUGGCCGUGCCAGAUCUUUAAACGCCAUCCCCCCAGGGCUCACGGCAGCUGUGAAAAGCCUUGACCUGUCCGAUAACAAGAUCACCUAUGUCGGCAACAAUGACCUGCAGAGGUGUGUGGGCCUCAAGGCCUUGAGGCUGGGGUCCAAUGGAGUCCACACAAUAGAGGAAGAUUCCUUUUUUCCCCUGAGGAGCCUCGAACAUUUGGACUUAUCCUAUAAUCGCUUGUCUAACUUAUCACCUUCCUGGUUCAGGACCCUUUCUGCCUUGAAAUUCUUAAACUUGCUGGGAAAUCCUUACAGAACACUUGGCGAAACGUCUCUUUUUUCUCAUCUCCCCAAUCUGCGAAUUCUGAAAGUAGGAAAUAGUAACCCCUUCUCCGAGAUUCAGGAAAAGGAUUUCUCUGGGCUCAAUUUUCUUGAGGAACUUGAGAUCGAUGCUUCAAAUCUGCAGAGGUAUGAGCCAAAGAGUUUGAGGUCAAUUCAGAACAUCACUCAUCUGAUCCUUCGCAUGAGGCAGCCGGUUUCACUGCUAGAGAUCCUUGGAGAUCUUUUAAGCUCUGUCGGACAUUUAGAACUGCGAGAUACUGAUCUGAACACGUUCUCUAUUUCAGAAAUAGCCGUCUAUGAAACCAAUACAUGGAUUAACAAGUUGACCUUUAGAAAUGUAAAAAUCACUGAUGAAAGUUUUAGUGAGCUGGUGAAACUGCUGAAUUAUAUUUCUGGGAUGUUAGAAGUAGAGUUUGAUGGCUGCACCCUGAACGGACUUGGUAAAUUUAGAACGCCUGUUUUAGGCACACUUAAAUACCUAGGUAACGUGGAGACGUUAACAGUACGGAAGUUGACUAUUCCAAAUUUUUUCUUAUUUUACGAUCUGAGCAGUAUAUAUUCACUCACGGGAAAAGUGAAAAGAAUCAUAAUAGAAAACAGUAAGGUUUUUCUGGUUCCCUGUUUACUCUCACAACACUUAAAAUCGUUAGAAUAUUUGGAUCUCAGUGAAAAUUUAAUGUCUGAAGAAUACUUGGAAAACUCAGCCUGUGAGCAUGCCUGGCCCUUCCUGCAAACCUUAAUUUUAAGGCAAAAUCAUUUGAAAUCAUUAGAAAAAACUGGCGAAGUUUUGCUUACUCUGAAAAACCUGACUCACCUGGAUAUCAGUAAGAAUAAUUUUGAUUCAAUGCCUGAAAAUUGUCAGUGGCCGGAAAAGAUGAAAUACUUGAACUUGUCCAGCACAAGAAUACACAGUUUAACUUAUUGCAUCCCCCUGACCCUGGAAAUUUUAGAUAUUAGCAAUAACAAUCUCAAUUCAUUUUCUUUGAUUUUGCCGCAACUCAAAGAACUUUAUAUUUCCAGGAAUAAGUUGAAGACCCUCCCAGAUGCUUCCUCCUUACCCACGUUAUUAGUUAUGAGAAUCAGUAGAAAUACAAUCAGUACUUUCUCUAAGGAGCAACUUGCCUCUUUUCAAAAGCUGAAGACUUUGGAAGCCGGCGGCAACAGCUUCAUUUGCUCCUGUGACUUCCUGUCUUUCACGCAGGGGCAGCGAGCACUGGCCCAGGUCCUGAUCGACUGGCCAGAAAACUACCUGUGUGACUCUCCAUCCCACGUGCGGGGCCGGCGGGUUCAGGACGCCCGGCUCUCGGUGGCUGAAUGCCACAGGGCAGCCGUGGUGUCCGCCGCGUGCUGCGCCCUUUUCCUGUUGCUCCUGCUCACCGGGGUUCUGUGCCACCAUUUCCACGGCGUGUGGUACAUGAAGAUGAUGUGGGCCUGGCUCCAGGCCAAACGGAAGCCCAAGAAGGCUCCCCGCGGGGACCUCUGUUAUGACGCCUUUGUGUCCUACAGUGAGCAGGAUUCCUACUGGGUGGAGAACCUCAUGGUCCAGGAGCUGGAGCACUUCAACCCGCCCUUCAAGUUGUGUCUUCACAAGCGGGACUUCAUUCCUGGCAAAUGGAUUAUUGACAAUAUCAUCGACUGCAUUGAAAAGAGCCACAAAACCAUCUUUGUGCUCUCGGAGAACUUUGUGAAGAGCGAGUGGUGCAAGUACGAACUGGACUUCUCCCAUUUCCGUCUCUUUGACGAGAGCGAUGACGCCGCCAUCCUCAUCCUGCUGGAGCCCAUUGAGAGGAAGGCCAUUCCCCAGCGCUUCUGUAAACUGCGGAAGAUAAUGAACACCAAGACCUACCUGGAGUGGCCCGCUGAUGAAAUGCAGCGGGAGGGGUUUUGGUUCAAUUUGAGAGCUGCAAUAAAGUCCUAGGUUCCUUCACCAAAGGCCAGUCUUGGUCUGGUGGUGGUUUCGGUCUCACUAGGUAUAACCAAGUCCACUCCGACACAAUUAUACGUAAGCCACACGAAUGAGGACUUGCUUACUAAAACCACUAAAACUGUUCAAAUUUGCUCUAGAGUGCUGUUUUGUAAAAACUGCUACCAGAAUGGGAGACCAUGGUUCUGGGCUUUUCUUUCUCCUAUGAGAGAAUCAUGAUCGCAGUCCAUUAUUGAUAUCUGAAUUAUCUGUACCAGUUGGCUUAGUCCACUAGGAAACAGCAUAAAGGAACAGAAAGUUGCAAAUGGAAAUACCUACAAGGCGUGUUUCAUGUGAACUGGGUCUGUCUUUUUGGGUAUUUGAUGAUCGAGUUCUUCAGCCCCAGGGAGAGGGUACACAGCACAAAGUGCAGUAAGUUCUGUGUUUCUCCAACAGUGAAACUAAUAAGAAUACGUAGACAAAAUACUCAAUUUAGAAGAAUUUGAAAGAAGCCUUCUAUAUCCGUGACUCUGGUCUUCAGCCUUUCACUCUUUGUGAAGCUCUGACUGGGGUCUGGUGCCUCUGGCCCCUCAGCCCCUGUCUUCAGGUCUGCCUCCCCUGCCUCAGGUUGCUUUUGUCUGCUUUGACAAGUCUUGUUUCUGAUUCCAAAAAGGUCUUUUUUUUUUUUUUUCCUUCUGAAACUUUAUAAAAGUAUGUGUGAGCUAAAUAGAUGUUUAACAAGUAUAGACUUGAAUCUUAUAAUGAUUGGAAAAUAUUUGAGACCUGAUAAUGUAAAAGGUAGAUGCUGCUUCCAUGGGUUAAUUUUUAUAAUUAGGUAAUAUGACAUUAAACGAAUGCAUUAUAUUGAAAAGCAGGGAGUUAUUUAUGGAUUUCGGGCAACCCUCUUCUUAAGCUGGGAACCACACAUGACAGGAAGUGGCCUUGCUCAGCUCUCAGCCAGGACUGGGUCUGUGUGGUUAAUUGGGCUCUGGAGUCAGAAAGACCUGGGUUAGUACAUGUGUAUCUUUGGGCAGCUCAAUCUGACCCCAAAUAUUUUCCUGUCCUUAAGACAGGGAUAAUAAUAGCUACAUGACAGGAUGUGAUGUAGUUAUCAACAUGCAGUUAACGCCAAGGAGGGAGGGUCUAGCUCAGUGGUAGAGCGCGUGCUUAGCAUGCAUGAGGUCCUGGGUUCAAUCCCCGGUACCUCCUCUAAGAGUAAAUAAAAUAAAUAGACCUAAUUAGCUCCUCCCACAAAAAAAUUAAUUUUAGAUAAACAAGUUUAUACAGUAUAGCACAGGGAACUAUAUCCGCUAUCUUGCAGUAGCUUAUGUGAAAAAGAAUAUGAAAAUUAAUGUAUGUAUAUUUAUGUAUGAUUGAAGCAUUGUGCUGUACACCAGAAAUUGACACGACAUUGUAAACUGACUACACUUCAAUAAAAAAAAAAAAUACAGAACAUACAGUAACAUCAGUGAAGCCCAGAUCAUGUGCCCUUUGGUUGCCAUUCAAGCUGAGGUGACAGGAGGGCCACGCCCAGGAGAGUGGGAGCCACGGGAGCUUGCACAGGGCGACAGAGGUGCCUGUGGGUAGAUGUCACCUGUUAUUGUUAUUUUCCAAGAAGUCAUUCACCUUCUUAAAUAUUAUGGUUUGUAAGUGAAUGUUUUUCUGUUAUGGGUACUAGCAGAGAUCUAAGGUGUAUUUUCUGUUGUCUGCAGAAAGUUAUCCUGAAGAAAUAAGUUCAUGAAGUGCACAAAAGGCUUUAGUCCUUGGGAAACUCACGUGGUGUUUCUUGUCUCUCAUACAGACUCCUGGGAGAGUCUAAUGGAGGAGGCAGCAGCCAGCCUAGGAAAGAAAUGGGCAAGUUUAGGAGGAGGGAACUGGAGGAGUUGCCAUAGAAACCAAACACACAAUGGGCUUUUUGCUUUACUUCUCUGUUUCUUACAUGAGGCACAAUGCGAAUCAUCAUGAGCACCAGACAGAUUUCAUGUGGACUUAGUUGAUCCGCAGAUUUAAUUUUCAAUAAUUUAAACAGCGAUAGAAACAGCUUCAUGGUUAAUUGAUAGAUGUAACGCACUAUUUUAAAAGUAAUCUUUAUUUUCCUCAUUGCAAAUGUUAAACGUGCUUAUGGCUGGAAUUUUGGAAAGGAGACAAGAGCAUAUUAAAGAAAAUAAGAAUCAGCUCUUACCCCUUCACUGUGAGAGAACCACUGGUAACGAGGGACUGUUUGCUCUCCGUAAUUUUUUCAGUGUAUUCAGUGUAUAUAUACAUUACUUCAUAAAACUGGGAUUAAAUUUUUAAACGCCUAAACAGUGUAAAGAAAAUAGCAUCUUUAUUAUUUUUUUUCUGAGAUUGUUUAGUGAUUAUCUAACAUUUCUGAACUCGGAGGGUCACUCAGAAUUCCAUGCAAAUACACACUGGUUUACUUGCGCAGAGUUCUAAAGGGUCUUCCUGCAGCUGUCCAGAAAAGGUAAGUGGCAAAGACAUCAGAGGUCAAUUUAACGGCUCUUUCUUUUACAGAGGAAAAACUAAUUUUUAGUUGGCGCUUUAUGCAACUGGGAGGUCUUUUAUUUGUGGAUAGACUCAGGGACUUGUCAAAGUUCAAGAAUAUUGUUGUAUUUUUUUAAUCCUUGCCCAUGCCUGGUACGUAGUAAAUAUUGAAUUGUUGAAAUGUUUGCUGAGCAGAGAAAUAAACCAGAGUUAAGUCUUCUAAUAAUCUGGAUGGUGAGCCAGCUGUGAUACUGAAGCCCUGAGCAGUUUCAAGAAGGAAAAAUAUCAACAGCUAGAAAGCUUAGCGUGAGUUACCAUUACAACUAUGAUGGAAUGUGGUACAGCAUUAAGUUCAUUGUCCAUAUUUUUGACAAUGGGUGUGUUUCCUUUCUACUUCAUACAAGUGUAACACCUUCAAGGAUGGGAAAGGAGAUGUCUGGUGUUAUGUAUACUGUGUUAACUGCUUAGCAAAUGACCAGUCACUGAAAACAAAUUAAUUUGGGGGAGUUUAACAUAUUGUUCUUGGGUGACUUCGUUCUGACUGGUCUUCGCAAUUCCAUUAAUUUUUUUUUCUUUCUUGCUGGAUUAAUUCACUUAGUUCAGCAAGUAUUUGUCGAGUGCCUGUUGUGUGCCAGGGGCUGCUCCAAGUGCUGGAGAGAUAGUAGGGAACAAAACCGAUCAAAUUCUCUGUCUUCAUGGAGGGGAAGCCAAACAAUAAACAAAUGAAUCUCUGAUAUGA